AAAAUCCUUGGCGGCUCUUUGUUCGCGGCCUACCCGGGGAACGAAAGGUAGUUUUGAGUGCCAAGGCUGAAAUAAGUAGGCACAAAAACUGCUGUAAUUACUACAGUGACUGGGACCAAGGAUUCUGUCACUGAGACGAAGAGUCAAGGAGUGAAAGAAAGCAUUAACACUGUUUUGGGAAGCAAAGUGGUACAGACCAUGAGCGAUCAAGGGGAAAGCUCCAAAGGCAAAUUGGAGUUUCUUGUAUAUCAGGAUCUCCCAAUUACAGAAGAUGAAUUGGAAAAAGCCAAGUUAGUUGAAGGAUCUGAUGCUCAAGGGCAAAAACCAAGUUAUUAUGUUAGACUUGGCUCUUUGUCUUCCAAGAUGCGUGCCCGAUCUUACUACCAGGCCUUGGGUAGGGUUGAAAACGUUAAAUGCAAAAGUCAAGAAAUUAUUUCUAAGCUUCAUUCCACUGUCAGCUUGAUUGAAUUCUCAAGGGAGAAUAAGGACAACACCAGCGAAAAAACUCAGGAUAAGUUGUAUAAUUCCUGGAUGGACUGGAAGAAAUGCAUCGGCCAAAGUGACAGCGAUGAAUUACCCUGUGCCGAGCAUAUUGAAUCUCGUGCUGUAGCCGUAGCCCGUGAUCUGACGCAGCAGCUUCAGAUCAACUGCCGCAUGCUGAUAGCCUCCAUUCAAGGUUUACCUCAGAAUGUGCAAGAUCAGGCCAGCCACGUAGGGGCUAUGGCAGGUGAUGUGGGUGCAAUUUUCCACCCUGCCUCUUCCUUUAAGGAAGUGUCUGCUAGACACCUCACUCUGACCAAAGGGCAGCUGCAAAAAAUGAAGGAUGCCAUAGAUGAAGUGAUGGAUUACCUAAGUACCAACACGCCCCUCAGUUGGCUGGUGGGUCCUUUUUACACUCAUCUGGUAGAAUCUGGAAAGUCAGGAAGCCCAAGUGAAGAGAAGAAUUCCAGCCAGGCAGACCAAUAACUUGGCCCCAACACAAAGUUGUGCGUAGGACACUUCUCUUCUGUCUUCAGCUGAAUAGGAUCCAGUUUUUACUCCUGUUGCUGUAUCAAAUGAAAAAGAUAAAAUAAAG